GUUUUUAAGCGCCAAUGUGGAGUUCUGAAAACUACAACUACCAGAGCGCCACGGGGUCCUGGGCAGUUUCUCGUUUCCGUGCAGUUGAACGUCUAGGUGCUUCUGAAGGGUCAACUUGACUGGCCGUCAAGUUCAGCAUUGCCCAAGUCAUUGGAUUCAGCUGGUGAUGAAAUGGGGGUCAGCCAGUCUGUGGGCUUUCCACCUGUCUCAGGACCCCACCUCGUCGGCUGCGGGGAUGUGAUGGAGGGCCUGAGUGUCCAGGGGAGCUUCUUUCGACUGUUCUACCCCUGCCAAGGAGCAGAGACCACGGAGCAGCCCCUGUGGAUCCCCCGCCAAGAGUACUGCAGUGGCCUGGCCGAGUACAUGCAGUUCAAUAAGCGUUGGGGCGGGCUGCUGUUCAGCCUGGCCAUGGGAUCUUGUCGCCUGCCUGUUUGCUGGAACGGCGCCUUUAAGGCAAAGGAGUCUGGGUACCCCUUGAUCAUCUUCUCUCAUGGCCUGGGAGCCUUCAGGACCUUGUAUUCCGCCUUCUGCAUGGAACUGGCCUCCCGUGGCUUCGUGGUUGCCAUCCCAGAACACAGGGACGGGUCGGCUGCAGCCACCUGCUUCUGCAAACAGGCCCCAGAGGAGAACCAGCCCCCUCACCAGUCGCUGGAGGAGGAAUGGAUCCCCCACCGGAAAAUUGCAGAAGGGGAGAAGGAAUUCCCUGUUCGGAAUCGCCAGGUGCAUAAGAGGGUUGAUGAGUGUAUGCACGUGCUGAAGAUCCUGCAAGAGGUCACCGCUGGGCAGCCCAUCCUUAACGUCUUGCCUGGGGGGUUGGAUCUGGCGACCUUGAAGGGCGGCAUCGACAUGAGCCGGGUGGCCGUGAUGGGACAUUCAUUCGGAGGGGCCACGGCUGUCCUGGCCUUGGCCAGGGAGACCCAGCUGCGGUGUGCUGUGGCUCUGGAUCCUUGGAUGUUCCCUCUGGAACGGGAUUUUUACCCCAAGGCCCAAGGCCCUGUGUUCUUCAUCAAUGCUGAGAAAUUCCAGACAGUCGAGAGUGUCAACUUGAUGAAGAAGAUAUGUGCCCGGCAUGAGCAGUCCAGGAUCAUCACCGUCCUUGGUUCUGUUCAUCGGAGUCUAACGGACUUUGCUUUUGUGACUAGCAACUGGAUCGGAAGAUUUUUCUCUACUCAAACCUGUGGGAGCUUGGACCCCUACGAAGGUCAGGAGAUUGUGGUGCGGGCCAUGUUGGCCUUCCUGCAGAAGCACCUCGAUCUCAAAGAGGACUACAACCAGUGGGACGACCUCAUUGAAGGCAUUGGGCCGUCGCUCAUCCCAGGGGCCCCCCACUAUCUGUCUAGCCUGUAGGCACAACGAGCCAUUUGUGUGAGCCAAGUUCCCAUUUGGGGCCUGUCCAGGACCCCAUAACCUGCUCUCAGGGAGUGGUUGACAUGACCCUUCUUCACAGAUCGAGAAGAUGCAGUCACACUGCUGAUUAGGCAACUGGGUGCUUUGAUCUUGGACUUGAUUUUAAACUCACACUGGGACUUGGAUCACUUAGUCAUUGCCAAACUGACUUUCUGGGGCCUGAGCCUGGUGGUGUGGGGACAAGCAGUGGGGCAGGGCUUAGGGGAGACAGAGAACCCCAGCUGAGUGCUAUAAACCCAGCACACCCUCACUUGGGACCAGUGUGGCUUCUCCAGGAAAGGAACAAAGGCACAGGAUGGAGUGAAAAUUCCACCUUCAGCACCCCUGGCCUGCUGGGACGGUUUCUUCCUCCCUCUCAACCUUCUCCCUCUCUGGGCCGCUUGGUGAGUUCUGAGCACUCUGGUAACUUUCUGAGACACAGGCCACCGUCAUGCCUCCGGCCUUCCCGUCGUCUGAGCGUAGUCCUGAGCGUACACUCAGGGCUGUUAGAGUUGUGAGUCCACAGAGGGCCGAAGUAGUAUUGUCCUUGCAGCACGGGGAGAGAAGCUGAGGUACAGUGAGGCUCAUUGCAAGUGGGUUUUGCUAAAAGUGGACCUAGACAGAACACACCAGCAGGCUGGGCUGGAGACUUAACAACAGUGUUAAGCAGCCGCCUGACCAGGCCCUUGCCACAAGGUGGGGGUAGUUCAGUUGGUAGAGUCGUGGGCCACCCCAAGAAGCCCAGGGACCCUUUGAGCUUGGCUCCUACCUCAGAUAAUUUGAACCUCCUACUUGCUCACCAUCAGGCUGCUGUGAGUGUCACUCUUCUGUUUCUGAAGCCCACGCCCCAAAUUGAAGUCACGGUAUAGAUGGAAUUUCUACCCUGUUCCACUGAUAAAUAUGAAUGAUAUUAAUACUCAUAUUUGUUCAAUGAUAUGCUGGAAUAUUCUCCUGAUUUAAUCUGCAUUAGAGCAAGAUGGGGGAACCAUC